ACUGCACGUUCAACGGGACGGCAUACCCGGACGGCGCAACGCUUGACACGAGUUGCCUGAUACUGACAUGUGUGGAGGGUAUUUGGAGGCCAACAGGAUUAAUAAGCAAUAACUGUUCAAUGUGUACAAUCAGAAAUGACCCGCAUUUCACCGACUUCGAUCGUUGUUCCUUUGACUUCCACGGCACCUCGGAAUACUGCGUCGCCAUGAACGUCAAUGCCUAUGGAGUGACUGCCGGGUUCUAUCAGUGCAAUAGCUUCGCUUCCUGUCUGGACGUCGUUACGUACAAAGAUGAUGUAAAUACAGUCAUCACAUUCAACAGAAACGGCGGAGAUACGGUAACGAAGGGGAAAACGGGAAUUGUAGGUGACAGAGAGGGACUCUCGUCGAAUGGUGACCCUUUCACAGUUACCAAUUUUGUCCAAAAUGUGGAAUCCGCCGGUGGAGUCGUUCACCCGGUCCUUGCAUGGAAAGAUACUACCAGCUGCAUUCGUAUGAUAGGAACUCGGGGUUUAGCGCUAAAAUUCUGCAGUUAUAUGUUGUAUGUUUGGGCCCAAACCGACAUCCUCGGAGACCUGAAGGGCCUGUGCCUCUCCGGCCGUGCGUUUAACGUCAAGCCCACAGGCUACUUCCAAAAACUGCCUGUUUCGAAAGCAGAAAUCAACAUGUGGGGCGAAUCGCUACUAGUUUCAGACUCAUCCACUACCACGUCCACACCAUUCGAAACCACUACUGCCCACUAG